CAUAAGCAAAGGUUCCGAUUUUACAGCUUUCUGCACUCGUUACGGUGUCGGUCUGGUAUUGCUGCAGCUGCGAAUCGGGACCGUUCGCAUGGAUGUCGAAAAAUUAGUUCAAGUGCACCAUCUUCUCUAAGCAGCGAGGUGGAAAAGGAGGGAGAAGUCCCUCCAACGAGGAGCCCAUUGCUGCUGUUAUUUGUUCACAUCCUGUGUCGGUACGGACGAAUCAUGAACGGAGGUGCGAGAGUGCGUAUGUACGCGUGAUUAGUGGAAGAUGAAAGUCAUUGACAAAAUAACAGUGCUGGUGCCGCCGUCACUUAUGCUGCGAUACGAUCCCGUGCUAGGACGCAAACAUCCGAAAAGGUAUGCCCAAAUAACAAGGCUGUUGGAGCACGGUGCGUAACACUGUUGAAAAUGUGUGGCCAUCAUCAGCCGGAAGCUUACAGCGUGUACGCAUACGGAUGGACCAGUCAAAUGAGGUACAUACUGCGUGCAAGGUCGUUGUCGGUCAAAUUGUGAAAUUCCUACAUUGUGGUCAACUAUUGGCAGGUUAGUACCGUCGUGGAGAAAGUGAGGAAAGAAAGAGAGGGAGUGGGAAAGUGUGUGUGUGUGUAUGUGUAUGGGUAUAGUGCAGUUCCCGCAUUCAUAGAAAGUGCAACCAGUGUGUAAACGGAACAACAGGGAGCGUGCGGUGCAGCAAAGUAAGAAAUGUCAAACAAGGCCAUCGAAUCCACUGUCUGCUUGGAUAAUCAAAACAAUCGCAACAAAGUUCAAUACCUACGUUUCGAUUCGUUUCCUCAAGAAGCUUUACACCGGAUGGUUUUAUCGAAUAGAAUCGUGUUGUAAAUUUAGAGACCCAUUUUUUGUGUGUGUGCGUAUGUGAGUGUUUAAUAUUUAUUUGCGUCUCUGUUCGUAUGUGGUCAUGCAUGGUGGAUAUCAGGGAGGUUUGCCAGCACCGGCCGCAGGAACAACAGCAAUGGAAGACAGCGGACCACACCGCUUCACAAACUAUUUGCAACCGAACCAACAGCAAGCAACCACUCCGAAUAUGAUAGUACAGCAGCAUCGCCACUUUCAGCACCAGUGCCGUAUAUGCGGUGUGAACGAAGGGCUUCGCCGAUGUAGCCGUUGCCAGAUUGCGUAUUACUGUUCGGUCGACCAUCAGCGCAUCGACUGGAAGGUGCACAAGACCGAGUGCCGCUCGAUACAUCAGCUGCCCCAGCCAUCGUCAACGGCAGUGUCGACACAAUUGCAGCUGCAACAACAGCAGAAUCUACAAACACUUAGUGGUGCAGCAGCCGUAUAUCCUGCUAUUGUUAGCGAUGGACAACAACAUACUCAAAAUCAGCAGCAGGAACGGUUGCAUGGAGGGAAUGUUUUCCUACAAUCCGCUGCUGCUGCCGAGCCAUCGGACGAAGGCAGUUUGUGUGUACGUGCAGAAAUGGUACUGCCGAAUUGUAGUACAAACACCACCAGCGGUGGGUUUGUUCCACAGACGGCAAAUGUAAACAUCGCUGCACACCCUUCACUCACACAGUCAUCUGUUGAUCAGAAUGCGUCUUCUGCUAUCGCAUCCUCCUCUAGCCGACCGUCGCAAACCGCAGCUACAGCAACCCUUGACAUUAUGUACGACGGAGGGGGUUUGUUAGCUCCGGCAACGGUUGGGACGACGUGCGCGCGAACGCAACAACCGAUGAUAGCUUCCGAUGGCAGCGACAGUGGUGAUGAGUUUCUGAACGAGCUCGCAGUUUCAAAAUUGUUCCCGAUCGAUGCACUAGCGUCCGCCGAAGAGCUCGCUGAUCUCGACCAGCUCGACGUGGAUCAUAUACUGAACGAGAACAAUUUUCUCAAUAACAUUAACAAUUUAAACGUGUUCGACGGUACCGAACAGCAACUACAGCCGGAACAACUGUUCGAAUCGGAUUUUGUGAUUACGGACGUACAGAAAACGGACAACAACAAUCGCAACUUUGACAUCGGGUUUGACCGGGACGCGGUCGUAUUUCAGAAGAACAAUAACAACAAUUUUGUAAACAGCCCUGUUGUGUUGCUAGCAGGUGACGCGUGCGAAAGUGAUCACGACCAGCAGCCGGGUGUACUCGAUCAAAGUAAUCCGUACGUUGGGAAAACGACAAAAAUGCAGGUGGCACAAUCCGGCAGCGUGAUGUUGCUACAGCAACCACAGCAGCAGACUCAGCAUGAUCAGCGAACAACCAAAGUGCAGCAACAGCAGCAGCAGCAGCAGAAACAACAACUGGCUGCUCUGCUCCGGCAGGCGAACAGUGCCGUGGAUGGACCAAUUCUCUCCAAAGUGGAUUCAAGUGAUGCUAGCCUGCUGUUGGGUUCGAAGCAGGACGUUCGAAAAGGAAGGACACUACAAGUUUCGAAUGGAAAACCUGCUACUGAAGCGAGUGUUAAUGUUAGUGGUGCACCAGUGGGUUUGACGAAUUCCGUUAGUGAAGGACCUACACAAGGCGCGUUUGAGCUAGAUAGUGAAAGUUUGGAUGAAGCUUGCCGUAGUUUGAUACGGGAUAUGAAUGAGUAUGGGGUGUGUGUGUUGGACAAUUUUCUUGGCCAGGAACGCGGUCUGCAAGUACUGGACGAGGUGACCGGAAUGUAUUCGUCCGGAGUGUUUCGGGACGGGCAACUAGUUUCAAACCGAGGUGGAAACAAUUUACGCCAUAUACGAGGAGAUAAAAUUACGUGGAUUGGUGGAAAGGAACCAGGUUGCAGCAGCAUAGGAUAUCUUAUCAAUCGCGUUGACGCAGUCAUUACCAACUGCAAGCGGAUGAAAAACAAUGGCAAACUUGGCCGAUAUAAUAUUAAAGAGCGAACAAAGGCUAUGGUCGCUUGCUAUCCUGGCUCCGGAUCCCAUUACGUGAAGCACGUAGACAAUCCCAACCGUGACGGACGCUGCAUUACCGCCAUCUACUAUCUUAAUCUCGACUGGGACGUUCGGGAAAGCGGUGGUUUGCUAAGAAUUUUCCCGGAAGGAUGCAACGAUCGAGUCGCUGACAUUGAGCCGCUUUUUGAUCGCAUCCUCUUCUUCUGGUCCGACCGGCGAAACCCGCACGAAGUCCAGCCGGCCCAUCGCACCCGUUACGCCAUUACGCUCUGGUACCUGGAUGCGGAGGAACGCGAAUCGGCACGGUUGCGCUACCAGCGGGACUGUGAGAACCGAUUUAAGGCUUAACGUGUCGGCACUCCGAAACGGCACGUAAACAACCCGGAGAAUCCAGUGGUUACCGGGUAUGCAGCGUAACAAAAGUGCUCGCGAUCGUACCAAAUCGAAUAAUUUAUUAGCAAAAUUGUUAUUAAAAUGUGAUAUAACUAUAUAGAUACAUAAAUGUAUGUGAAUGUACACGAGGUCGAGAAUAGGAUUGACUAUUUUACGUUACUUUAAUAACGUACUUUCACAGACAGUUGCGUACGUGCGUGAUUUGCCUAAGCCAGUAUAUUAGAACGGUAGGAAAUGUAAGAUAAAGAAGCGAAAAAUAGAAUUGGUCCGGAAAGGAAAGCAAGCAGUAAAUCACGCACCGUAAGCUGUUGUGCGUAAUAACAUAAGUAGGACGGAAAAUGAAUUGAAAGGAUUGAACAAAAAAAAAUGCAAGAAGCGCGUACCGAAGUGAACCUGUUCUAGGAAAGCAAAGUAUGGAGCAAGGUGCUAGAUUUGUUGAUACGAUGUUGAUCGGUUUCAUUAGCUAGCGAAUUAGUGUGCAAAUGCCGGCUUUCGGGUCGAUUCGUUGCUGAUUAGGGAAAAGGCAAAACUAUACACAACCCUUCGGUUAGUAAACAGGACUUGGCAGUGGAUGGCGCAACGAACGUUUUAUCGUUUGUGUUGCAUUUAACUUAUAGAUGGAAGUAUAAGGCGAAAAGUUAGGUGAAGCGAAAGGGCGGCAAAGAACACAAGUCAGGGUUGAAAUGUGAGAGGAAUGAAUUUUCAAAAAAAUGUUUGUGUGUGCGAUAAUUUUGUAUACGCUAUACAAUAUUAGAUAGCUUGCAAAACUGUA